AUGGAUGUUUAUAGCUUCUAUCAAAGUCCUGACUUUGACCCUACAAUUCCUGUUUUUGUGUUACUAAAGGGUCAGCCAGCUAUAGACAGUGGUGGCGUAUUAUGGCAGGUAUUUAGUGAUGUUUUUUAUGCCAUGGCAAACAAUGAAGGAAUUAAGAAUGCUUUUAAUGGAGAUAAAAACAGUAAAGUACCUGCAUUCAGCAAUGAACUGGUUGUGAAUGGACUGUUUGAAGUGUUGGGUAAAAUGAUAGCUCACAGCCUCAUCCAGUCAGGUCCAGGAUUCCCAUACCUGUCUCCUACCAUUUACUGGUAUCUGGCAACUGGUGAUCUAAAGAUUGCCAUCCAGAAGGCGUGGAUGACAUUGAACUUGCCGAGUACAUCAAGAGGGUAAGUUUAUUGUUUGUUCUAUACAGUGAAACCUGUAUUAAGUGGACACCUGCAGGACCUUUGCUGGAGUCUGCUUAAUGAAAGGUUGUACAGAAAACAUGCGAAGAAACGUUUGAAAAAAAAAGAAAACAAAUAGACAAACCAUUCAUCUGCUUAAUACAGGUUUCACUACGCUUUGGCUCAGUUUUGUUCCUGGUUUAAAUUUUUGUUUCUCUUAAUUCUUGUUGACUGCCAUACAUUUACAUACAAUGGCAGUAGACAAUAGUAAUAGAAAGGGACAUUUGAAAUUAUCACUGAUAACCAUAUCCUAUACUUGCAGGUCACAGAAGCACCAGCAGAUAAGCUUAAUGUCAUUGCCUUUGAAUCUGGCUUUAUCAGAUUGUUAUCUGAAGCUGGAGAGAUUAGAAUACUUACAGUAAGUAGAAACCUAAUUUAUUAUGUAGUGACAAGUUAGAUAGGGCACAUUUAGUUAACACUACAAUAAAAUAUAGCCGUAUGUGUUUUCUGCUAAGUGCCACAUGGUAUAAAUAGAGGCAAAGAAAUUUAUAUUUUGCAGUUUGGAGGUCCGUUAAAUUGGUGGUUAACUGUGAAAAGAAGUAGUUUUGUUAAAACAUAGAAAAAUGCUGAUCGAUUCUGGUAGUCAAGUAGGGUGCCCUGCACCAUGCUUGUCACAAAUAAUUCAAGGAACAGGUUACAAUAUUAUUGUAACCUGUUGCUGUAAAUAAUUGACAGUAAUAAAACAAUAAUAUUAAAUAAUGUAUUCUUGCAGGCUGAUAACAAGCUCAAUGUCCGCCAGUCUCUAAUGCUUCACAACAUUCUAGUGAAGAAGAAGGCAAUUCUUGAUCAAUUUAGAAAGGGGCUGUCAAUCCUCGGUUUGUUAGAUGAAAUACAAAGAAAGCCGGAGAUGUUUGAAGAAUGCUUUGUCUACCAAGGAAUAGUAAGUAAUGAUUCUGUGGCCAGUAGCCUUCAUUUCCCAGCCUCUGAGGACAAGAAUGCUCAAAGGGUAUUCCAGUUGCUCCAGACAUUCUUCAAGAAUUGUAAUGCAGAUGGCCUCGAUGAUUUCCUGAGGUUCGUCACUGGUACAAGGUGCUCAGCAAAAAGCAUCCUUCCACGACGUAUAACAGUCUCUUGUGAGAGUACAAACAGCAUUUUUGCAUCAACCUGCUUGCUAGAGCUAAAGUUUCCAAACCAUUUCAGAAUUUGA